CUGAAUGACAGAUUUAAAAAAUUCAACUGGAUUUUCCCUAUUGAACCAGCAUUCACAUUGAAGUAUUACGGAAGUCAAGUCAGCGAAAUUGAUAUUUAUUCAGAAGGUCGUUUAUUAAUAAAUAAAGACGAUGAGGAAAUAGGACAAAUCUCAAAUGUUUUAGGAGAAAUAUAUUUACCACAUCUUUUGCAUAAUAAUGGAUUAUUCGCUGUCAGAUGGUCCCUUGAACGGAAUAAAGAGAUUACACCCAUAGUAACUAAUCUGAUAUAUGCAAAUGGGAAGAUAUCUAUCUAUUAUGAGAACCACUUGUUAAAAACAGAAAAUGAGAUGUUCGGAAUCCGAGGAAAAUUUCAUUGUGCAACAGAUCAUGAGAUAGCUGUUCCUGGAAAAUGGAUCAAAAAUGGCACGUUAGUGGAGUACGAAGUCAUCGGCACAAUUUGUCCAAUACACAAUUCAUCUGAAGGAUGUCUAAAUGCAACAACACCGAAUGUAAUAUGUAUUUGGUGUGAGAAAUGGAACACGUGCAUUGACAGAAAUCAUCGAGAUCAUCAUUUCUUCAAAGUGAAUGAUUGUCAUUUUAAGAGCCCGGAUGUUAUCGAUUCGACAACGUCGAUACCCAUCAAUCACAAAGGAACAACAUUGGGGAUCACUGAAGUUCAGGUUGGUGGAAACAUCAAUGAAACUACCAAACAAACUGAUCAAUACUCGAGCUCGGAUGUUAUCGAUUCGACAACGUCGAUACCCAUCAAUCACAAAGGAACAACAUUGGGGAUCACUGAAGUUCAGGUUGGUGGAAACAUCAAUGAAACUACCAAACAAACUGAUCAAUACUCGGUAAAUUUUUGA